AUGGAUGAUCCAGCUUCAGAAAAUCGGACGGAUUGCAACCAGCCCUCGGGCUCGGGCUUGUCCAUGUUGAAGCCGCGGCAGAGACAAGGCUCACCUGACAGCGCGCACUCGCGAUCAUCUUCCAUGUCGAAAAACUCCCUUCAGGACCGACUAUUUAACAAGCUUCUGCAACAAGUCAUCCCAGCAGACGAUGACGCGGAAACCGUCACUGGGGACAAGGUUAUGGCGAACUCCCCUAAAAAACCACCGUUCAGUCUCCCAGCAAUGACAAAUAAUUUUCGCCGAUUUAAUGCAAGAAUCGGUGUGGUAUUUCUCUUCCAGGCCCAGGCAGAGGGUCUGUUCAGUUGGAAGACACCAACCCACACCCUGUCUUUUCUCUUCGUAUAUUCCUUCAUCUGCUUGGAUCCACACUUGUUAUUAGUGCUCCCGCUGGUGGUUUUCCUGCUCUUUAUCAUGGUGCCAGCUUUCCUGACUCGCCACCCUCCACCACCUUCUACAUCCACCUCCAGCACGACACCCUAUUACUCCUAUGAAGGCCCAGCACUAGCACCAGCCAAAACCAUCAAGCCGGCCCCUGAGACAUCUAAGGACUUUUUCCGCAACAUGCGCGAUCUACAGAAUUGCAUGGCAGAUUUCUCCGACGCUCAUGAUGCAACAGUCUCCGUAGUUGCGCCACUCACCAACUUCUCCAACGAAAAGCUAUCCUCGGCUAUCUUUUUAGGCUGUGCAGUGGCUACAGUGGUGCUAUUUUUGACAGCACAUCUUGUACCGAUUCGGCUGAUCAUGCUAGCGGCCGGGAAUGCAGGUAUCUUGUCGAAUAACCCCAAAGUGCGACAAUUCUUCUACGGUUUGAUGCAGGACGUGAGCGGAGUAGGAGAUCAAGACGUGCCCCUCAGCAAUGAAGCUGAGCGUGAGUUGUUUGGACAACCAGUCCCGAAAACGCCAUCCGCGGCCGCGUCAGCUCUGGAACAAUUAGCGGACAUCUCCCUAGACACCGAACCGGAAGAACGGGAGGUCGAGAUCUUUGAAAUUCAGCACCGAGCUCCAGGGGCUUCAGAAUCAGGCUGGGAGAAUUUCUUGUUCAGCCCACUACCAUAUGAUCCAUUGUCUCCGUCUCGGAUCGCAGGCGAUCGGCCCCGUGGGUGUCGAUUCUUUGACGAUGUCCGCGCGCCAUCAGGAUGGAAGUGGAAGAGCAAGAAGUGGGAACUUGACCUAGACUGCCGGGAAUGGGUGGUGGAGCGCAUGAUUACUGGCGUUGGCUUUGAGAUUCCAGGUGUGACGCCAGAAGGCAAUGCUAUCAUCGACGAGGUUGGAGGCUGGGUCUGGGACCUUCCGGUUGAACUAUCCGCCAGCGAAGACGAAGAAAUGACUGCGAUGGCCUAUGGAGACUUGCCACCAGAGAGAAGACAAGAUCGUACACCGUCAAAAGGAAGCCGGGGCAAGGCUGCCAUCCGAGACUGGGAAGAAGGAAACCCUGCUUCGUUUGGGGUGGGAGAAUGGCGACGUCGUCGAUGGGUGCGGAUUGUGCAGCGCAUGAACAUCCCUCCGGCGGGCACUACGACCGUCACAUACUCGACCCUAGGCCAUUAA